UUGUUUACAUGCCCCAUGUCAACACUUCCGCGAGGAAUGCACUGCUUCUUUAGUUUACACCUUGAAUAAGUUUUAUACACUUAGUUUAAGUUUUUAUACAACAUGGCUUUACAAAAAGAUAAAAUGAAGGGAAAGCUGGCACUGGUCACUACAAGAAAAAUACGUUACGAAGUGAUGCUCAGUUAUGACCCAGAGGACGCAGAGGUUGUCAAAAAAAUAAAAGAUAUGAUUGGCAAUAAAGGGAUUCAUGCAUGGAUGGCAGAUCUUGAUGCUACUGCAGGCACCGACAUCUUCAACGCCAUUGGGCGAAUCAUAGUGGAUUGUAAGAUGUUUCUCUUCAUCAUGAGCAAGGCAUCAGUCAGUUCCAAACUGUGCCAAGAUCAGCUGGCCUUGGCAUAUGUUUCAAAGAAGAAUAUCUGUCCAGUGCAGCUGAAUGAAAGAAAUGACCUACUGGAUCACAUGGACAAUGGCAUGAAACUGCAACUUGCAGGGUUUGAAUGGUUUUCUCUCUGUAAUGAUAUGGAAAGUGAAAGUAAAGAUUUGGUGAAUAAAAUCUGUGAAGAGGUUCAAGCAGAAAUUGAAGCAGAGAAAACUGGUAGCAGCAAACCAGUGACAAGUGACCCAGCAGGAAAUAAGAACGACCUGAGAAAAUCUUUCAAAAGACAGAAAACGUUGACUAAUCUAAAUAAAAGUUUGUCUAAAACAAAGAUGUCCAGACUCCACCUGGAAGAUGCCACCACAUACUGGAAUCAGUCCUUUGACAAAGAAACAACCAUCAGCUGGGAAAAAUUCAGGACAAAACUCUUGAAAGAUUUUAAAGACGAUUUUGAGGAGACGUUUGGUGACAAGGACACAGAAUGGCUAAUGUCCAUCCUCCAUCGAGAGAUGAUGGAAAGCUCUGACGAAAUGUUGAAGAAAGAAAAUUAUAUUGAGUUUUGCUCUGUUGACGAUGUCGUCCAUCCUCUAUGGCUACGGAUCCAGGAACAGGCCAGGGAGAGUUACGCCAUGCGAGAGGUCUUCAGAAUGGAUUCUUCUGUCAGAGUACAAGCCAUCGAAAAUUUAGGCAAGUACAAAAGUGCAACUGUGAUCGAUGCUCUGCUUGACCUGCUAACAGACAAUGACGUCAACAUACAGGCUGUAGCCAUCAUCUCUUUGGCAAGGACAGGAUCCAACGACAUCGAGACAAUUGUCAGCCUAAAGAAGUGCCUGAAAUCCAAAGACAGAGUUGUUCGGGAAGCGGCUUGUUUAGCUCUUGGACACGUUAAAGCAACAUCAGCUGUAGAAUUGCUGGUUAACCUUUGGAGAAAUGACAUAAUCUCAAACGUCAGGGAAGCAGCUCUUAUUGGGUUAAAAAACAUCGGAGGAGAGAAAGCCGACGAAGCGAUUAGGAUGACGACUGUUUUGGAGAAAGAGAUCCGAGCUCUGAAGACGUAGGGGAAUUAUACUUAAGAAGGCUAAAAUCAUAUCUCCGCUAUUUAUACGUACUCAAAGACACGUAACUCAUUUCAAAAGAGAGAAAGUCUUUUUCGUUAAUUGUUUUGAAGAAUGUGCUAAAAUUGUUGCAAUACAUAUUCACCAACUUUACCAUCUAAAGGACGUUUUGCAAUCCAUAACGGAAAACUAUCGAGGGAAAAGUAUAUUUUCAUUCAGACCAAAAUGAUGUUUUCAUAAUUUGUAUGGAAUAGAAAAAUUCACGCAACAUAAUUUUUGAAGUUGUUCGUGUGUUAAUAUAGCAAAGUAAUUAGUGUAUCGUUAGCGCAUUUUGAUACUUCUUUUUAUUUUAUGAAAUAUUAACAAUAAAAUUAAUAUUAGAUUGAUAAAGUGCUGAUGACCCUGUCUACUAAAACUAUUGAUCAAUUUCUGUGGUAUCAAGGAUUUUUAAAUUUUUUGAAAAACACGUAACUUACCAAAUACGCUUUUUCACCUUAAACUUUAAACUUAUAACAAAAUCAGCACAGGGUUUAAAACAUUCCGCCUUUUGUCAAACUGCUUUACAAUGUAAUAGACACUUAGCUACAUGCUAUGGAUCAGGGAAUCUCAUUCGAACUACUUUUAUUUACUUUGCUAAAACCAUCUCGUCAAUCACUCUAUUCUUAUUGAAAAAAUUGAAAUGUUAUAAUUUUGACAAUAUGUCAAUAGAUUGGUUUGCAUCAUAUUUACGUGAUCAUAUCCAAAGUGUGAAAUGGGUUCCUGUACAUCUGAUAUCUUACCUAUCAUUGUACAUGUGUAGGAGUACCACAGGGAUCAAUAUUGGGUCCCCAUCUGUUUUUAUUGUAUAUUGAUGACUUUCCUUUGUAUGUAAAUUAUUCUAAUAUGGAAA